CGGUCCCAGCCUGCCCCGCGCCGGCCAACGAGAGCAAACCCGGUGACUCACCUCCGCCGCGCUAACUCCGCGCUCCUCCUCGCCUCGCGCGCUCACUCCCGGCUCGAGAUGGCGGCGGCCGCGGCGGCGGCGGCGGGGGACUCCGACUCCUGGGACGCGGACACGUUCACGGUGGAAGACCCGGUGCGGAAGGUGGGGGGCGGCGGCACCGCCGGCGGGGACCGCUGGGAAGGCGAGGACGAGGAUGAAGACGUCAAGGAUAACUGGGAUGAUGAAGAGGAGGAAAAAAAGGAGGAGGCCGAAGUAAAACCAGAAGUAAAAAUUUCAGAAAAGAAAAAAAUAGCCGAGAAAAUAAAAGAGAAAGAACGACAACAAAAGAAACGGCAAGAAGAAAUUAAAAAGAGGUUAGAAGAACCUGAAGAAUCUAAAGUGCUAACACCAGAAGAACAAUUAGCAGAUAAACUGCGGCUAAAGAAAUUACAAGAAGAGUCAGACCUUGAAUUAGCAAAAGAAACCUUUGGUGUUAAUAAUACAGUCUAUGGAAUAGAUGCUAUGAAUCCAUCUUCAAGAGAUGACUUCACAGAGUUUGGAAAGUUACUAAAGGAUAAAAUUACACAAUAUGAAAAGUCACUAUAUUAUGCCAGUUUUUUGGAAGCCUUAGUUCGAGAUGUGUGCAUUUCAUUGGAAAUUGAUGACUUGAAAAAGAUUACCAAUUCAUUGACUGUACUUUGCAGUGAAAAACAGAAGCAAGAAAAGCAAAGCAAAGCCAAAAAGAAGAAGAAAGGUGUCGUGCCUGGAGGAGGACUAAAGGCCACCAUGAAAGACGAUCUGGCAGAUUAUGGUGGUUAUGAUGGAGGAUAUGUACAAGAUUAUGAAGACUUCAUGUGACAUUUUAUCUUCUUCUGGUGUCUUCUUUCUGUUGCCCACAAUCCCUUCAACAUGUAGCACAACUUCCUUUCCUUUCAGUUCUGCCAAAUGCUACAAUCAGAAGUGCAGUAUCUUUUGUGCUGGUUAUUUAACCCCUUGACAACACUUAGGUGCUAAUGUGCAUAUGAGGGAACUUGGAUCUUGCUGCCAAGGGGUUAAAAUUGGGAGCCUCGGUUGCUACAAAAUCAUAGUUUAAAAAAAAAAACAACCUAAUAAUGUUGUCAUUGUUGCUAUUGGAUCCCAUAGCAGCAGUCGCUAAAUUGGAAACAAAAGGUUGCAAGUGGGAGAAAAAAAAACAACUUGUGUAGUAUUUACCAGCACCAUUCAGUAAUACAGCCUUAACCAUACCUCCUUGAACUACUUCAUAACUUGUCAAGAAAAGCAGUUUGCAGCAAGGGCAUGUGGUGUGCACCUAGUAUUAAAAUUGCUUUGUCUUAAAAUUGAGUGUGAGGAUAUUAAAAAUACAUUGUGAAGAAGACUAUCAGUGAAGAUACAGCGCUGAAAAGCACUAGUUUGAUACUUAUUAAAUGACCAAAACCCUCCGACUUUGAAGCAGAAGAAGGUAAACCUCUCCAUUACUGCGUUAUAAAUUGUUGGGAUUUCUUGAUUGCAUAGACUCUAGAUUAUCAGACAAUACAGAUGGCAGAGAGAAACUCUUACCUUUAUUUGCCUCAUUUAAGUGUCUAAGAAACAAAUUUCCUUUGUUCUCCUAGGCUGCAAUGAAACAACUUUAACAGGGUUUUGGCAUUUUCUUUCCUUUAUAAAACAUGCUCAGCAAACUGCACAGGUUAACUACAGUUUGACAAAUUGUUAUGUUAACAAUUAUGACAUCUGCAAUGUUUUAUAAAGCAACUAAUUUAAUAAAAUCACUAUUGUGAGGACAAAA